UUGGUCUGGAAGCCAUGGCUCUCACUUUUGAGUGCAGUGCUUGAGCUAGUGUACUGAUUAAGCCAUCACCCAAAUGAAGAGUGGGUUCUCAAUAACAGUUGUGACGACGGCAAUUGAACGAAGUGGCUCAAAGAUCUUUAAACCAGCAACUGAACAAAGUGAGGAGUAUCGGGCAGCGUCUUAGGAGUGGUAAGAUAGUAUUUUGAGAGUUUUGACGAUAACUGCAUAUCAAAUAAUUGAAUUCGAAAUCUUAGUUAAGCUCUUGUCUGUACGCUUUUGGUCCAGUUUCUUUUUUCUUUUGUCAUUAGAAAAGAGUUCAAAGGUUCCUUAUUUAGUUCAAAGAGUUGCAAAUAACCGUCAGCUGAAAGGGAUGUCGCUCAUCUAUAAAUGACUGCGGCCCGAAUAAGCUAGCGGCCCAUUAUUUGCAUGGAGAAGUAUGCUAAUCCAUUCCGGUAUUGUAGUAUCCCACAAAGGUACAAGAUCAUAUUUCUCCAAUCAGACUACUUAUCCUAUCAUCCAAACAGCCCCCAUCGGCUCCAGCUCUCCACUUCUGCAAACUCCAAAACCUCUCUUCUCUCUCUAAAAAGUUAAAAAAAGAAAAAGAAAUUGAAUUCUGGAAGCGAAGAUUUUCGAUAUAUAUAUAUUUGUACAGGAAGUAUGUUUCCUCAAUUCGGUGCAACAGGAGAGACACUAAGCAAAGCAUCAACGAUCAUGUUUAGAAUAGGUACAGAUGCUCACUUGUACGACGAUCCGGAGGAUGUUAACAUCGCUCCCUUGCUUGAUAGCAAAUUUGAUUCUGAGAAAUGUGAAGCUCUUAAGCGUCUCCUCGCUCUCAUCGCUCAAGGAUUUGACGUUUCCAAUUUCUUUCCUCAGGGAAUUGCAGGUUGUUAAAAAUGUGGCGUCUCAGUCAUUGGAAGUAAAGAAGCUGGUUUACUUAUACUUGCUGCAUUAUGCUGAAAAGCGUCCAAAUGAAGCUUUGCUGUCAAUCAAUUCUUUCCAGAAGGAUUUGGGAGACACAAAUCCACUAGUGAGGGCUUGGGCACUUCGUACCAUGGCAGGAAUUCGUCUACAUGUAAUUGCACCUCUUGUUUUGGUCGCUUUAGGCAAGUGUGCUAGAGAUCCAUCUGUUUAUGUCAGAAAAUGUGCUGCUAAUGCUCUUCCCAAGUUACAUGAUUUGCACAUAGACGAACAUUCUACUACAAUUCAAGAGAUUGUUGGAGUAUUGUUAAGUGACCAUUCUCCUGGAGUAGUUGGAGCUGCUGCUGCUGCAUUCACUUCUGUUUGUCCAAAUAAUUAUUCAUUGAUUGGAAGAAAUUAUAGAAGGUUGUGUGAGGUUCUUCCCGAUGUGGAAGAGUGGGGUCAGAUAGUUCUAAUUGGAAUCCUUCUGCGCUAUGCAAUAGCAAGGCAUGGUCUGGUAAAAGAAUCCUUAAUGUUCUUUUUGCAUAGCAAGGAAAGUUCCCAGUCUGAAAAGGAUGGUUCAGAUGUUGAAUUUUCAUUAGAAAAAGAGAAUAGUAGUGUGAGUUGGAAAUAUGACUCCGAGUUGGCAAGUAUGGUUUCCAGGAGUUAUAUUGAAGGUCCUGAUGAAUAUUUAGCACGGACAAGUUAUGCUGACAGUGUUUCCUCUGAAUUUAAUGGUGCAAAAUUCACGUCUGUCAAAAGUAAUGAUGAUGUGAAGAUCCUACUCCAAUGUACUUCCCCAUUGCUAUGGAGUAACAACAGUGCAGUAGUACUAGCAGCAGCUGGUGUCCACUGGAUUAUGGCACCUUUUGAGGAUGUCAAAAGAAUUGUUAAACCACUUUUGUUUUUGCUGAGAUCGUCUACUACUUCAAAAUAUGUGGUCCUCUGCAACAUCCAAGUGUUUGCCAAAGCAAUACCUUCCCUCUUUGCUCCAUAUUUUGAAGACUUUUUCAUAAAUUCCUCUGAUUCAUAUCAAAUUAAAGCAUUGAAGCUUGAGAUUCUUUGUUGUAUUACAACAGAAUCAUCUAUUUCAUCUAUCUUCAAAGAGUUUCAGGAUUAUAUUAGAGAUUCGGACAGGAGAUUUGCUGCUGACACUGUUGCAGCAAUUGGUUUAUGUGCUCAACGGCUUCCCAAAAUGGCUAAUACAUGCUUGGAAGGGCUGUUAGCUCUGACUAGACAGGAAUAUUUGGCUGGUGUCUUUGGAUCCACUGAUGGAGAAGCAGGCGUUCUAGUUCAAGCAAUAACAUCGAUUAAAUUAAUCAUAAAGCAAGGUCCUCCCACUCAUGAAAAGGUUGUAAUUCAGUUGGUUCGAAGUUUGGAUUCAAUCAAGGUACCUGCAGCCCGUGCAAUAAUAAUUUGGAUGAUGGGGGAGUAUAACGAUUUAGGGGAGAUAAUUCCAAGGAUGUUGACCACUGUACUUAAAUAUCUUGCGUGGAGCUUUUCUUCAGAAGCAUUGGAAACAAAGCUUCAAAUUCUUAACACUAUUGUUAAGGUGCUAUCAGGUGCAAAAGAGGAAGAUCUUUGUACUCUUAAAAAAUUAGGGAGCUAUGUGCUUGAAUUGGCUGAGUUUGAUUUGAACUAUAAUGUUCGUGACAGAGCUCGCCUACUGAAAAAACUUCUUUCAUCAAAAUUAGGUUCGCAAGAAAUUGAGGACAAUACAAAUUCUCCACAUCAAGUAGAGGAUCUGUCACAUGUGCUUGCAGAAUGUUUCUUUCGAGGAAAAACAAAACACUCGUCUUCUGAACCUAUUAACUAUCGUAUCUAUCUUCCUGGAUCCCUGUCACAGAUAGUCCUUCAUGGAGCUCCGGGAUAUGAACCUCUCCCGAACCCUUGUAGCAUACUUCAUGACGAGCUUAGCCACCUGUCAAACUCUAUGCUUGAGACAGAUAUGUCAGGGGAGGGAACUGAUAGUUCUGGCACUAUAUCUGGAUCAUCUGAUCAGGAAACUGCUUCGGGUUAUAGCUCAGAACAUUGUAAUACUGAAUCAAGUGGUGAUGAUGCUGGUGAUGAGACUGGUUCUGUAAGUGGUAGUGGAAAUGAUGCUGAUCCAUUGAUUCAGGUUUCCGAUGUUGGAGAUGGCCAUAUAAAUCAGACUGGAGUUCAGCCUGCCUCUUCUGAUUUGGGGGAACUGAUGUCAAAGAGAUCCCUAGAAUCAUGGUUGGAUGAGCAGCCUGAUUUGUCUAACCCAGGUACAUCAGAACGAAGUCAAGUCUAUAGAUCUUCAGCAAGAAUUUCCAUUAGGGAUAUUGGAAGCCGAGUUAAACCUAAUAGCUAUGGACUCUUAGAUCCUGCAAACGGGAAUGGCUUGAAGGUGGAUUAUUCAUUUUCAUCUGAAAUUUCAAGCAUAUCACAUCUACUUGUUUGUGUUGAAGUUUCCUUUGAGAACUGUUCCACUGAGACCAUUUCAGAAGUAAUGUUGGUGGAUGAGGAAUCUAACAAAGCUCCAGAUUCUACUGAAAGCUCCUUGACAUCUCAUAAUGACGUGCCAAUAUUGGUUCCUAUGGAAGAGAUGAUUUCUUUGGAACCUGGUCAAGUGACAAAGAGGAUACUCCACGUUCGUUUCCAUCAUCAUCUAUUGCCUUUGAAGCUGGUUUUAUAUUGUAAUGGCAAGAAGCUUCCAGUCAAGUUGCGGCCUGACAUUGGAUAUUUUGUAAAACCACUUCCCAUGAACAUUGAGGCCUUCACAGAUAAGGAGUCUCGUCUCCCUGGAAUGUUUGAGUACAUGAGGAGUUGCACAUUCAAUUACCAUAUUGAGGAGCUGAACAAGGACAAGGGUGACAUGUUGAUGAGAGACAAAUUUCUAUUGGUUUGUGAGAGCCUUGCUGUAAAGAUGCUUAGCAAUGCUAAUCUUUUUCUCGUAUCUGUUGACAUGCCAAUUGCUGUCAAUCUUGAUGAUGCCUCUGGUUUAUGCUUACGAUUCAGCAGUGAAAUUCUAAGCAACUCAAUUCCCUGCUUAAUUACCCUUACUGCUGAAGGUAAAUGCACUGAACCAUUGAAUGUAUGUAUAAAAGUCAACUGUGAGGAAACUGUAUUUGGCUUGAAUCUAUUGAAUAGGAUAGUGAACUUCCUUAGUUGAGCACUUAUGACCUGCUUGUAUUCAUUGGUUGUGGUGAAAGCUGUGUCACUCGUGUAUCAAGCAAGAAAACUGGCAAAUCAACAGAUAAUGUCUUUGAUGCAGUUGUAUUAAACUGUAAUUGCAUACGUCAAUUCCUUAUAUUCAUUCUGAACAGUUCAUUAUUCUUUUUCAAA